CCCUAUGCCGAAUUUCUCCCUCGACUUCCGUACCUUUGGGGCCUUGAGAAUGUCGACGAGUGGAAGUAUGACAUGCGGCUCUACUUGAACCAUCAUGGUCUGCUGGAGUUUAUCGACGGCACUCAUGAGAACGGACAAGCCAACAUCGACGUCGAGACACCCGACUCUUGGCGGCGACGACGCGCCCACGCCUAUACCAUCAUUCGGAGUAGAAUUGAUGACGUCCUCCCAAUGCUGCUCACCGCUGGCCUCAAGGCAUUUGAGGAUGACUAUACCUUCGACCCCCAACAGCUGUGGAACUACAUCACUCAGUACAUCCGCAUGCCCAAGCGCGAGGACACGCUGAAGGACAGGAUGCUUCUCUUCUUGUUCCAUGUUGAUUUCCUCUACGAAGACUACGACGCAGCGGACUACCUUUAUCUGCGCCGAAAACUUCGUGACGAGUUUGGAAUUCACGUGCAUCCGGAGGUCAUGCACCGGGUGCACGUAAAUGACAGCCAAAUA